AUGUUUGGCAGAUACGGCCCAGUGCAGCAUGGCGUGGUAUCGCUGGUUACAGGCUUGUUUUUGGGUGGACAUGUGGCUGCCAACGGCGAAUCAACCGUGGACAUUGUGAGGAUUCUUCAGAGAUCACUCUGUGGAUCAUCGACGGAGAACCAAAUUCGACUACCAGGUAUUCUUCACGCGCUGGACAGAGGUUAUCAGUCUCAUGCUGUCAACCAACAAAUUGUUGACACUGGUGGAAGUAUCAUCGGUACCCAUAAGCGCACACAAAGUUUCCCUUUACAUUUGGCAAAACACCAAGUCAGUACCAAAAAUUAG